CAAUCUGCGCGCGCUCUCUGUCUCGCUCUCUCCCGGGUAUCGGGACGGCAUCCGAGUGUGUUCAGGCUGUCGGGAGACGUGUGUGUGUGUGUGUGUGUGUUUCGGGUUGUGUAUUUUUUUUUAGGUCAUUUCUUUAAGCUGAGUUAUUUAUAUUGUGGUGAAGAGAAGCGUCCAGGCAUCGCACAGCCUGAGGCAGCGGACCGGCGCACCUGCGCUCUAACGGCUUACCGGCGUUUAACGGCGGCGCAUCAGAGACCCACUCGCACCCCGGGAACCUGCCUGUUUCUGCAAAAGGAUGGGGUGUGUGUCUGAUCCCAGUGGCUGGCUGCAGACUCUCUUGGUGCUCCUGUGUCUCUCGACUGGAUGCGCAGGUCUGGGCGGAGCAGGACUUCUCUUUACCGUGCGCAAAGUGACACACGUCGCAGUGCAAGAGCCUCUCGCAGGCUCCGCCCUCCUUCCCUGCGUCCACUCCCUGCCACUCGACUCCUCCGACAAAGGUGGGACUCUGCAUGUGCGAUGGACCCGGCGACAGGGUGACACAGAGACCACCGUGCUCUCACUUGAGAAUAAGGACGUUCGUGUCCAUCGGGCGUUCGAAGGUCGGGUCAGUCUGCCCGGGUAUCACUCAAACAGCCUGAAUGUCUCGCUCUCUCUCUCCGAGCUUCGCACCAACGACUCGGGGACCUUUGUGUGCCACGUGACCAUCGGGGGCACUUACGAGAAGGACACCGUCACUCUGGAGGUUACAGGGAUUGUGUUUCAUUACCGCGCAUUACCCAAGCCCUACUCUAUGACGUUCAUGGAUGCUGAGCGUGCCUGUGAGCAGAACUCGGCUCAGAUCGCAUCUCCGGAACAAGUCUGGGCUGCGUUCCACUCAGGCCUGGACGAGUGCUCGGUUGGCUGGCUCAGCGAUCAGACCAUCAGGUACGCGAUUCAAAAACCAGAGCUGGGCUGCUACGGACACAGCGAAAGCAUACGAGGGGUGAGGAAUUAUGGGAAGCGAGACGCCUCGGAGCUGUUCGAUGUUUACUGCUUCGCCGGCACCAUGCAAGGUGAAGUCUUCCCGCUCUCUCCUCCUGGGAAUCUCACCCUGGCCGAUGCUGUGGUUCAGUGUGAUGUUCUGGGCGCUCAGCUGGCCACAGUGGGUCAGCUCCACCUGGCCUGGCGCUCCGGCUUUGAGCACUGUGAACCCGGGUGGCUUGCAGAUGGCAGUGUGAGGUACUCUGUGAUUAAACCCCGCCCUGAGUGUGGAAGCGGAGAACCGGGGGUGCACACUGAUUCAUCCACAGAGCUUGCCAAUGGGACGGCUAUGUUCACUGCCUAUUGCUACAGAGAAACACAACGUACCUCAACUGAGUCACCUGUCCCCCAGCCGUUAAUCUGGUCCGGCCAGGACACUGUGGACAUUAUGGUCACCGAAACCCUGUCUGAUGAUUAUGUCACGGCACGUCUCUGUGUAGAGGACGGCUCCCUGGACUGGAGUAACCCGUCAGAUUUCCCACCGAGUACCUGGCCGGACGUUUCUACCCCAAUAUCUGACAUCACCACUGCAAAGUCGAAAGAGGAAAAUGAGAGCGAUGAGAUUACAACCAUGCCCUCACCAACACCAACUACGACUCAGGACCACGACUCUUUCAGGAACAUCAUGAGCUCCUUGUGGAAACCCUGGAAGUACCUGAGAGGAACAAGUGAGGAGGAGGAGGAGGAGAAGAAGGACACCAGUCCAAGUCCUCUUACCACAGUGCCGGGUGUGAUAAGCACUACGGUCCUGGAAGAGUCUUCAAGCAUAAAGUCUACCACUUCUCCAGCAUCUGGACUGAAAUCAUGGUUGUCACUUUCAUGGCUCAACCAAUUUUCCCCCAAUUUAGAUAAAACGACAGUUUCCUCUCAACUCGAGAACACAGAAGCCACAUCAGUUCUCCCAGUCGAGACCACCAGAGAAGAUCUGGACCAAAGCAUGACCACAGCCGCAGCAGAUUGGUCAGUGGUGACCGAGGUUCUCCAGCUUGGAAGCAUGACCCCUGACAUGGACAAGGAACCUGUGCCCUCUGUACUCUCAAUUAAGGAAGAUGAAGUCAUCAAGGAGAAAAGUAUUGCACUACCUCAAGAGGGAUUUGGAGAGGACAGAAAGACAGAGGAAGAAGGAAGCUCCUGGGGGGAUGUGGACCUUUCAGAAAGUACCACCAAAACCACAACAACAGGGCAAGUCCUAACUAGUACAUAUCCUAGCAUCAAAGGUACCAAAGCUUCGACUACACAUCAAGUGGAAGACAUAACGGCUGCCGAGGCACGGGGAGAGAUCGAGUACGAACCCAGGACCGCAGCAAGCCAACCUGACCCAGAAACAACCACGGUGUUCGUCUCUACGACUUCUGGUGGUUCUGAAAGCGAAAAAAGAACCGAGACAACCGCAAUCCCUAAUCUUCCCAUGUCAUCUUCUCAAAGCCUGACAGAAAGAGGAGUCAUCUCUCCCACGGCUUCCGAUGAGGACCAUCUGUCAAUCUUUGCUACCCUGUUGCCUGGCAACCCAGAGAGUGGCCGUGAAAACUCUGAUGCUGAUAGGAACAAUGGAUCUGAAGCCUUGGACAGAUGCAGUUGCUUGCAUGGAGGUACGUGCCUCCCACAUGACGAGGGCUUUCAAUGUUUCUGCCCACAGGGAUACACAGGAGAGAGCUGUGAAAUCGAUGUAGACGACUGUUUGUCAAACCCAUGUGAGAACGGAGGAACCUGCAUCGAUAAAGUGGACUCCUUCAUCUGCCUGUGUUUGCCCAGCUACAGUGGAGACAUGUGUGAGAAAGACACUGAAGGCUGUGACCACGGCUGGAAGAAGUUCCACGGUCACUGCUACAAACUUUUCACCCGCCGUCACACCUGGGAGGACGCCGAGAAGGACUGCAGGGAGCUCAGCGGCCAUCUGACCAGCAUCACCUCCGGCAUGGAGCAGGACUUCCUCAACGGCCUGGGCCAUGAUAAUGUGUGGAUUGGGCUGAAUGACAGAACAGUGGAGGACGAUUUCCAGUGGACUGACAACAUGGACCUGGUAUACGAGAACUGGCGCGAGAACCAGCCGGAUAAUUUCUUUGCAGGUGGGGAAGAUUGUGUAGUGAUGAUCUCUCGAGAGGACGGCAAGUGGAACGAUGUGCCUUGUAACUACAACCUGCCCUACAUCUGCAAGAAGGGCACAGUGAUGUGUGGGACUCCUCCUUCUGUGAGAAACACGUAUCUCGUGGGUCGGAGACGGGCGCACUACGACAUCCACUCGGUGGUGCGCUACCAGUGUGCCGACGGCUUCUUCCAGAGACACGUCCCGACGGUGCGCUGCCGACCCAACGGCACCUGGGAGAGGCCUAAGAUCGUCUGCACCAAGUCACGGAGGUCUCACCGUUACCGUCGGCAACAUCACAGAUAUCACCACGAGCACCGGCGACACCGCAGACACGGUUCCGGCCACAGGGGGCGGGACUAGAGCUGUCACUCAUCGCCCACAGGUCCCUAUGUGACAUCACUUCCUUUGAUGGAAGCGAGAGGGCCUUCAAGGACAGAAAUGGUCAUGCCUUUUAUUUCCCCCAGCUUUCACACUUUCUCUUUUGUCCUGCAGUCGUUCUCUUCCUUCAAAGAAUGUCUCUCGAUGCAUCCUUUCCUCUGUACGUGAUUUAGUUUUCACGGUGUUCAUUUCCGUCUCGUUUGAAAAAAAAAAAAAAAAAAAAAAGCAACGCGAGUCUUCUAGCAUCGCCGUUAAUAUACAACCUAGUCAUGGGCGUGUACUAAGGUUCCUGUUCGCAGGUCACGUUCUCCUAAGUAAGUCGUUAACCUGGGUGUGUGAGGCAGGGUGAUGCAUCUGUAUUAAUUAUUGUAUUGUAGGGGCAGAAAGUUUGAUCAGCGUUCUCGAUAUCAACCUUGUAGUACCAUAAAAGAGUUCUGUAAUGAAAUGUCAUCCAAACAUCCCAAAAAUUACUGUAAUACAUCAACAUCAAUAAUCAGUUCAUGUUAUGGCACAAUAAAGGAUUUUUGUCUUUAUUCAUAAUUUUUAAUAAUAACAAAAAAAAAAUGUUUCAAAUGUGUAAGGUUGAAAAGGAAGAAGAAAAGCGAAAAGAAAAAAUCCUGGAAAACUCUGAGCAUCAUGAUGUUUCAAAAAGUUUACUUUUAUCACUUUCU